GCUUCUCCGGGCUCUCGCUCCCCGCCUCGCGCUGCCGCCGCCCCGCCUCCCUCCCUCUGCCGCCCGCCUCCCCUCCAGCGAGGUGACUCGGGGCUUCGGCUGGGGAAGGGGGCGAGGGGAGUCAGUCAGACGUCGGCCUGGCGGCGUCGGCGCGGCCCCCAGCCUGAGCGCGAUUUGAUUAAUCCUCUCCCCCACCCAACCACCUACCACCGAUGAGGAGAAGUUGGAGUGACUUGGUUGAACUGAAUUUUAUUCACCAGAAGACAGUCCCGUUUGUUUCACUUCUUUUCGUUUUCCUUGCUGCUUUGGGCUUUACUGUAACGGCAGAAAAACUUGGAAAAUAAAAUGAACAUGCUGUGGUCUUGAACAUAAAUUUUUUUUUUCCUUGAGGAAAAAAUUAAAGUGCCAGAGUGAAAGCCAGAAUGGCAUCCAGAGAGAGGCUCUUUGAACUUUGGAUGCUUUAUUGUACAAAGAAAGAUCCAGAUUACCUGAAACUCUGGUUGGACAAUUUUGUUUCUAGCUAUGAACAAUUCUUAGAUGUUGACUUUGAAAAGCUGCCUACCAGGGUAGACGAUGUCCCUCCAGGAAUAUCUCUACUUCCUGAUAAUAUUCUGCAGGUUCUAAGGAUCCAGCUGCUACAGUGUGUUCAGAAAAUGGCAGAUGGGUUAGAGGAACAACAACAAGCUUUGUCAAUUUUGCUUGUCAAGUUCUUCAUUAUUCUUUGCAGAAAUCUCUCCAAUGUGGAAGAAAUUGGGACUUGCUCAUAUAUUAAUCAUGUCAUCACUAUGACAACACUCUAUAUUCAGCAAUUAAAAAGCAAAAAAAAAGAAAAGGAAUUGGCAGAUCAGACGUCUAUUGAAGAAUUUGUGAUCCAUGCACUGGCGUUCUGUGAAAGUUUAUAUGAUCCAUAUCGGAAUUGGAGGCAUAGAAUUUCAGGACGAAUCCUUAGUACUGUGGAAAAGAGCAGACAGAAAUACAAACCAGCUUCUCUCACAGUGGAGUUUGUCCCUUUCUUUUAUCAGUGUUUUCAGGAAAGUGAACAUCUCAAGGAAAGUCUUAAGUGUUGCCUAUUGCAUCUCUUUGGAGCCAUUGUAGCUGGUGGGCAGAGGAAUGCUUUGCAAGCAAUAUCUCCAGCCACCAUGGAAGUUCUUAUGAGAGUUCUGGCAGAUUGUGAUUCCUGGGAGGAUGGAAAUCCUGAAGAAGUGGGUAGGAAGGUAGAACUUACUCUAAAGUGCCUUACAGAAGUGGUUCAUAUCCUUCUCACUAGCAGCUCUGACCAGCGUCAAGUGGAAACCAGCACUAUUUUGGAGAACUAUUUUAAAUUGCUAAAUUCAGAUCAUUCAGCUUUACCUAAUCAAAGGAGGUCCAGACAGUGGGAAAGCCGGUUCAUAACUCUACAGAUCAAAAUGUUGAAUACCAUCACAGCCAUGUUAGACUGCACCGAUAGGCCUGUUCUUCAGGCCAUUUUCCUUAACAGUAAUUGCUUUGAACAUCUCAUAAGACUGCUACAGAAUUGCAAGCUAUUUUUAAAUGCUAACAGUAAGGUGGCAGACAAGAACGAGAAAGACCUUGCCAACAAAUUACUGACAGAAAUGAAUGAGGACCAGGUGUUUCAGGGACAAUUGGAUUGUUUGGCUAUAUCAACCAUUCAGGCUUUGACAGCAGUAAUGAACAAAUCUCCAGCUGCUAAGGAAGUAUUUAAAGAAAGAAUUGGUUAUACACAUAUGUUUGAGGUUUUAAAAUCCCUGGGUCAUCCACCACUGGAACUACUUAAAGAACUUAUGAAUAUGGCUGUAGAGGGUGACCACACUUCAGUUGGGAUAUUGGGCAUUAGUAAUGUCCAUCCUCUCUUGCUUCUUAUCCAGUGGCUUCCAGAGCUAGAAUCCCAUGAUCUGCAAAUUUUCAUCUCUGAUUGGCUGAAAAGAAUUUGCUGUAUUAAUAGGCAGAGUCGAACUACUUGUGUCAAUGCAAACAUGGGAAUUCACAUCAUCAAAACACUUGAUUCCCAUUCUUCCCUCCAUCGAACUUGUGCUGAGAACUUGAUUGCACUUCAUGCUUCCUUGGGGAGUCAGUCAGUGAGCUCAGAAGAAAUACGUCAACUACUGAGAUUGCUGAGAGUGGAUGAAUCUGAAUAUAUUCACCCUUACACUACUCCUGUGACUCGAGCAAUUCUGACAAUGGCCCGAAAACAAAGUCUAGAGAGUGCACUACAGUAUUUUAAUUUGUCACAUAGUAUGGCAGGAAUUACUGUGCCUUCCAUACAGAAGUGGCCAGGAUCUGCCUUUUCUUUCAAUGCUUGGUUUUGCUUAGAUCAGGAUCAGUUGACUCUUGGCAUUGCUAACAAAGGAGGAAAAAGAAAACAAUUGUACAGUUUUUUUACAGGAAGUGGCAUGGGUUUUGAAGCUUUUAUUACCCAUUCAGGUAUGUUGGUUGUGGCAGUGUGCACAAAAAGAGAAUAUGCUACAGUUAUGCUUCCUGACCACAGUUUCUGUGAUUCCCUCUGGCACAACAUAACCAUUGUUCAUAUGCCUGGAAAAAGACCUUUUGGUCAGAGCCUUGUCUAUAUCUAUGACAACGGACAGCAGAAGGUCUCUGCCCCUCUCAGAUUUCCUGCCAUGAAUGAACCUUUUAUUUCCUGCUGCAUUGGUUCAGCUGGGCAAAGAACCACGACUCCUCCACCAUCCCAAAUUCCAGAUCCGCCUUUUUCUUCCCCCAUUACUCCUCAUCGGACAUCAUUUGGUGGAAUUUUGUCAUCAGCCUCCUGGGGAGGAUCACUUGAAAAAUCAAAACUGAUUACCAAAUUGAUAUCAGCUGGAACCCAAGAUAGUGAAUGGGGAUGCCCCACAUCUCUGGAGGGUCAGCUAGGGUCUGUUAUCAUCUUCUACGAAGCACUACAGCCUCCUCAAGUGAAGGCAUUAUAUUUAGCAGGUCCAAACUGUUUAAGUCCUUGGAAAUUCCAAGAGUCUGACAUGGCUGACCUGCCUGGUAACAUCCUUCUUCACUACACUGCAAAGGCCUGCAAAAAUUCAAUCUGUCUUGAUUUAUCUACUAAUUGUUUGCAUGGGAGAUUAACAGGAAACAAAGUAGUGAACUGGGACAUCAAGGACAUCAUAAACUGCAUAGGUGGAUUAAAUAUACUCUUUCCUCUGUUGGAACAAAUCAGCCACUUUGGUGAAGGACAGAUUUCUGAAGGAAUGAAUGAAAGCACAGUUUCUGAAUUGAUAACUCCUGUAGAAGGAGAUUGGGUCGUAUUGACCUCCACAAAGGCAUCAGAGUCAAGAUUAGAAAGAAAUUUAAUUGCAACAUUUAUCUUGAUUGUGAAACACUUUAUUCAAAGACAUCCUAUCAACCAGGACAAUCUCAUUCACUCCCAUGGAGUUGCCACUCUUGGUGCCUUACUUCAGAAGGUGCCAAGCGCCUUGAUGGAUGUUAAUGUACUGAUGGCAGUUCAGUUACUAAUUGAACAGGUAUCAUUAGAAAAAAAUAUGCAGCUUCUGCAGCAAAUGUAUCAGUAUUUACUUUUUGACUUCCGUAUUUGGAACCGUGGAGAUUUUCCCUUUCGAAUUGGUCAUAUACAGUAUCUUUCCACCAUCAUCAAAGACAGCAGGAGAGUUUUCCGAAAGAAGUAUGGUGUGCAAUUUCUCCUAGAUACACUUAGGAUUUAUUAUGGGACUGAUUGUAAAUAUAGUGAGCUGUCUUUAGAUGACGUUCGAACAAUAAGGACUUCUUUGUAUGGACUAAUUAAGUAUUUUCUGUGCAAAGGUGGAACUCAUGAAGAGAUACAGAGUAUUAUGGGUUAUAUAGCUGCUAUCAAUGAAGAAGAACAGCUCUUCGGAAUUUUGGAUAUGCUCUUCAGUCUCCUACGUACCAGCCCAACUAGAGGUCAGCUUUUCUUACUGCUGUUUGAACCAGGAAAUGCUGACAUACUUUAUGCCUUGCUCUUAAAUCAGAAGUACUCUGACAGACUAAGAGAAAUUGUUUUUAAGGUUAUGGAACAAAUGUUGAAAUGCACAAAUGUUUAUGAACGAAGUAAGCAACGUAUUCGGCUCCGAGAAGUUGGCUAUUCAGGAUUGGGACUUCUUCUUAAUGAAGCAUCUGUUAAUACCUCUCUCAUUAAGAGCCUCACCAAUCAAAUUAUAAAUACAGAUCCUGCUAUUAAUUUCAAAGAUCUGUUGUCUGUGGUAUAUAUAUCGCAUAGAACACAUAUAAAUGUCAGGGUGGUUGUCUGCAGAAAGAUUUUACAGAUUUUGCAGUCCCAACCAGAUGCAGCACAUCAAAUAUCCCAACAAGUGGGUUGGCAAGACACUUUAGUUAAACUUUUUUUAAAAAUGAAUUUUGAAAAUGGGAAUACUCUUCAUAAGCACAGUAGGGCUGUUUCAAUGAAAGACAAUGAUAAAAAUAUAUCAGCUGAAGAUACCAGGAGGAACUUUGAUGAAAAGACUGAUGAAGAAAAAAUCAACUCUUUUGCCUCAGCUAAUGUGCCUUCAGAUCAAUGGAGUUUAGAGGAUAGACACUCUCUAGACUCAAACACACCAUUAUUUCAAGAAGAUAGUUCUCUGGGAGAAUUAUCUUUCAAAUCAGAGAAUCAAGAAGAAUUCUGGAAUAAUAACCUUUCACAUUUGAGUUUAGAUCUCAGUGGAAUAGAUUCAUGUGAACUGAGUGACAGUGGAAGUCACAUGCCAGACAGCCUGCCUAGCACGCCAUCCCCAAUAGAAUCUACUAAGUCAUUUUCUGUGCAGUCUGACAAAGAGAGCAGCAUCAUAAGUGAUACAGGGUUUGGUGAUGACUUCUCUUUACUUGAAAGCCAAGAGAGAUGUGAGGAGGAGCUUCUUCAAUUACUGACAAAUAUUUUGAACUAUGUAAUGUGUAAGGGACUAGAAAAGUCUGAUGAUGAUACUUGGAUUGAACGGGGACAAGUGUUUUCAGCACUAACUAAACCAGGAAUAUCCAGUGAACUACUUAGACCAUCAGAUGAAAUAAAAUUAACUUUGCUACAGAAAAUGUUAGAAUGGGCAAUCACAGAAAACAGAGAAUCCAAAACUAAUCCAGUAACUGCUGAUAAUGCCUUACGACUUAUUGUGAUCAUACAGGACUUCCUGCAGUCAGAGGGUCUUGUUAAUUCAAACAUGUGGACUGAGAAGCUUUUAGAGGAUCUGAUGCUGCUCUUCGAUGGUCUGUCAGUUUGCUGUUCUGAAAGUACAAUAUGGAGAGAACUUCCUCAAAUUCAAAUCCAGUUGCUUCUAGGUUUCAUUGGCAGGGGUAAUGUGCAGGUUUGUGCAAUGGCAUCAGCUAAACUAAACACCCUUCUUCAGACCAAAGUGAUUGAAAAUCAGAAUGAAGCAUGUUACAUUUUAGGGAAGCUGGAAUAUGUUCUAAGUCAGUCAAUCAAGGAACAGACUGAAAUCUACUCAUUUCUGAUUCCCCUGGUCCGUACCCUGGUUUCCAAAAUUUAUGAGCUUCUCUUCAUGAACUUGCACCUGCCUUCUUUACCUUUUACCAAUGGUAGUUCUUCAUUUUUUGAAGAUUUUCAAGAAUAUUGCAGUUCAAAUGAAUGGCAAGUUUACAUCGAAAAAUAUAUUGUGCCUUACAUGAAGCAGUAUGAAACCCAUACAUUUUAUAAUAAUCAUGAGAGCAUGGCACUUUAUUGGAAGAAUUGUUAUGAAGCCUUAAUGGUGAAUAUGCAUAAACGAGACCGGGAAGGAGGAGAAAGCAAGCUUAAGUUUCAGGAGUUUUUUGUGGAGCCAUUUAAUCGAAAAGCACGCCAAGAGAACAUGAGGUAUAAUAAUACGCUUAAACAACUUAGCAGUCAACAGUUAAUCACUCUGAGACGCUGGAAGGCAGUACAGCUCUAUCUUACAUCUGAAAGGGGACCUUGGGCUGAAAGGAAACAAAAUCCAAUUCACUGGAAACUAGCUAAUGUAGAAAAUUAUUCCCGCAUGAGACUUAAAUUGGUGCCAAAUUAUAACUUCAAAACUCAUGAAGACGCUAGUGCUUUGAGAGAUAAUCUAGGUGUCCAACACUCACAGCCUUCCAGUGAUUCUUUGCUUUUGGAAGUAGUGAAACAAGUAAAAGUUAGCAAUAUGGAGGAAGAUAAAUUAGACCUUCCUGAAGAAGAUGUAACAGCCAGAGUAAAUAUUGAUGAGAAAGAAGAACAGGAUCAAAAAGAAAAAUUGGUGUUAUUGGAAGACUGUGAACUCAUUACAAUAAUUGACGUAAUUCCUGGCAGAUUAGAAAUCACUACUCAACACAUUUACUUCUACGAUUGCAGCAUUGAAAAAGAAGAUGGAGUAGGCUUUGAUUUCAAGUGGCCUCAUUCUCAGGUUCGAGAGAUUCACCUGCGGCGUUACAAUUUAAGGAGGUCAGCUCUUGAGAUUUUUCAUGUUGACCAAUCCAACUACUUUCUCAAUUUCAAAAAAGAGAUUAGAAACAAAGUAUACAGCAAACUGUUGUCACUUCAUUCUCCAAAUAGUUAUGGAACCAGAUCUCCACAGGAAUUAUUCAAAGCAUCAGGAUUGACACAGAAAUGGGUAAACAGAGAGAUAUCAAAUUUUGACUACCUCAUUCAAAUAAAUACAAUGGCAGGACGAACCUAUAAUGACCUUGCGCAGUAUCCUGUGUUUCCUUGGAUUUUACAAGAUUAUACUUCAGAAGAGUUGGACCUUAAUAAUCCAUCUGUAUUUCGAGAUCUUUCCAAACCAAUUGGGGUAGUUAAUGAUAAAAAUGCCAAAGCCAUGCGAGAAAAAUAUGAAAAUUUUGAGGAUCCCAUGGGAACUAUUGAUAAAUUUCAUUAUGGUACUCACUAUUCAAAUUCUGCUGGAGUUAUGCACUAUCUUAUUCGUACAGAACCAUUCACCACCCUCCAUAUCCAGCUUCAGAGUGGAAGGUUUGACUGUGCAGAUCGACAGUUCCAUUCCAUUCCUGCCACCUGGCAGGCACUCAUGGACAACCCAUAUGAUGUGAAGGAACUGAUUCCUGAAUUCUUCUAUUUCCCAGAGUUUUUGGAAAAUCAAAAUCAAUUUAACUUGGGUUGUCUCCAAGUUUCCAAAGAAGUAGUAAAUGAUGUCAUUCUCCCCAAAUGGGCUAAAUCAGCUGAAGAUUUCAUCUAUAAACAUAGGAAAGCUCUGGAGUCUGAAUAUGUUUCUGCUCAUCUUCAUGAAUGGAUAGAUCUGAUUUUUGGCUACAAACAGAGGGGGCCAGCUGCAGUGGAAGCACUCAAUGUUUUCUAUUACUGUAGUUAUGAAGGAGCUGUGGAUCUGGAUGCCUUAACAGAUGAGAAAGAAAGAAAAGCUUUAGAGGGGAUGAUUAAUAAUUUUGGGCAAACACCUUGUCAGCUGCUAAAGGAACCACAUCCUCCUAGAUUGUCAGCAGAAGAAGCAGUGCAAAGGCAGACCAAAACGGACACUUCAACCUUAAACCUAUUUCAACACCUCUCUGAACUCAAGUCAUUUUUUAUAGAGGGAAUUAGUGAUGGUGUUCCACUGAUAAAGGCCAUUGUCCCUAAAAAUCAGUCUCGUUCUUUUAUGUCUCAGGGCAGUCCUGAGUUACUGGUAACAGUAAGCAUGAAUUAUGUUCUUGGAACCCAUGGAUGGCUGCCUUAUGACAGAAACAUUUCUAAUUACUUCACAUUCAUCAAAGAUCAAACUGUAACAAAUCCAAAAACUCAGCGUAGUAUGAAUGGUCCUUUUGCUCCAGGGCUGGAGAUCACUUCUAAGCUAUUCAUAGUAUCACAUGAUGCGAAGUUGCUUUUCAGUGCUGGACACUGGGAUAAUAGCAUUCAAGUGAUGUCACUUACAAAAGGCAAAGUUAUUUCACACAAUAUCAGACACAUGGAUAUUGUGACUUGUUUAGCUACAGAUUACUGUGGAAUACAUUUGAUUUCUGGUUCCAGAGACACUACGUGUAUGAUAUGGCAAAUAACACAACAGGGAGGUGUUCCUGUGGGCUUAGCAUCUAAACCCUUUCAUAUUCUGUACGGACACACUGAUGAGGUAUUGAGCGUCGGCAUCAGCACUGAACUAGACAUGGCAGUGUCAGGAUCAAGGGAUGGCACUGUGAUUAUACAUACAAUUCAGAAAGGUCAAUACAUGAGGACUUUACGACCACCUUGUGAGAGUUCUCUCCUCCUAACUGUUCCUAAUUUGGCUAUAUCUUGGGAAGGACAUAUUGUCAUCUAUUCCAGCACUGAAGAAAAGACCAGUCUCAAGGAUAAGAAUGCAUUACAUCUGUUUUCUGUAAAUGGCAAGUAUCUAGGGUCUCAAGUCCUGACAGAACAAGUAUCAGAUAUAUGUAUCACUGGAGAACAUAUUAUCACGGGCAGCUUACAAGGCUUCCUGUCCAUAAGGGAUCUCCACAGUUUGAAUCUCAGCAUGAACCCAUUAGCCAUGCGAAUGCCUAUCCACUGUGUUUGUGUAACCAAAGAAUACAGCCAUAUUCUUGUAGGAUUAGAAGAUGGCAAAUUGAUUGUAGUGGGUGUUGGCAAGCCAGCCGAGAUGCGUUCAGGUCAGCUUUCUCGAAAAUUGUGGGGAUCUAGCAAGCGACUCAGCCAGAUUUCAGCUGGAGAAACUGAAUAUAAUACUCAAGAUUCCAAGUGAUUACUAUUUCCAUCUUCUCUCAUGGAUAAAUGAAACUUGAUUUAUUGCUUUGUCACUUUAGCCACAUCUCUCAACUAUCUGAAAUGUAUUAGGGCUUUUAACACUGAAAAUCAUUUAGGAACUACCAAAAUUCAGUAUGCUAUGUAUGUAUAACAUAGGUUGUAUUAUUAGCCACUUUAAAAGUUCCUGAUUAACAUUGAGUCCAGUCUUAUUGACUAAUUCUUGACCUACACUAAAGUGGAUUUGAGAAAAUACGAUUUAAUUAGAUUUGUGGUUCAUUCCUAAAGAUCACUGGAUCCAUUGGGGAAAAAAAAACUUCCAAAAAUGAAGAAGCUGGAUACAGUUCCCUUAUUAUUCUAAACAGCAAAAUUUAAGUUAUUUCUAAUUAGAGUACAGAUGACAGGACAGUUGAGAGACAUGGCUUUUAAUGUACUCUUUAAUCAUUUUCCUAUUUACUGACCACCAUAUUUAAAAAUACAUCAGUUUAUUUAUGGAACUCUUGAUUGGGGUAAUAUUUUAAGGGCAUCUGUUGCACACUUGCAUUUUCAAAACUCAAUGUAAAUUCUAGAUUUUCAUGAUAAGCUGAAGAUAAGUUGAAACCGGUACAUUGGGUCAUUCCACUACUACUUAGCAUAUUACUAAUGAGAACUUACUGAAAUAUAUUAUUAUGCUUAAUUAAUAAAGAUAAGUAGGAAAUAAGAGAAACUAGAGAUAUAGCUUACACAUGUACUUCAUUAGUAUAAGGAAAAAAUGCUGAUUAGGAUUUUGACGGUUAGAUCCUUUAAGUAGCAUUUGCAGCACAAUUUAUAUCUGCAAAAUUAAAAAUUUCUUGGUGUAUUCUUUACUAAGCAGAUGCUGUGUCUUUCCCCAUAAUUAGAAGUGGUAGCAGUGAUACCGAAACACAUUAACAUUUUUAUCUAGAACUUCCAUGUGAUUGAUAAAUGAAUUGAAAAGAUAUGCAUCACUUAAACUAGUCAUUUAUAGUAAUUUUUUAAAAAAAAACAUUUCUGUUUCAUGUUAUGUAUAACUUUUAAGAAUAUUAUUUUAUUAUACAUAGUUACGUAUUACAUUAUACUUAAUGUUCAAUAUGUUAAAGUUACAGGCUGAUUUAUUUUGGAAUUUAAAGAGAUUGUUAAACCUAGUGGUUUUUUAUAAGGUCAUCUUUUGAGGUAGGUCAGAGAGCUUUUACUACUACAAGUGUCCUUAAUCUGAGAUUCCUUGAGUUUGGGGAAUUUAUGAAUCCCCUGAAAUUGUGUGGAAAUUCUUUGUGUUAACUGCAUUUUUUUCAGGAGUGAGUAUGUAGCUUUCAUAAUGGAGUCUGUGAUCAGAAGAGGAAAAUAAAAAACUUCUUACAAUAGUAGUUUCUUAUAAAAUAAUAAUAUUCCUUUUUAUUCCACAAAUCCUAGAUUUCCUUAUAUCCAGUUGUCUUCUCAAUGGCAUCUUUGAGAAACUUUCCCUCUGCAGUUCUCUUUGGUUAUCUACAGUAUCUAGUACCAUUUUCUUUAUAAUCUUAUGAGUGGGUAAAAAAAUUUUGAGAAGUAAAAGAUUGUGUUUAGGGAAGGGAAGCUUUUUGAAUAGAUGUGAUCUGAUUGAGUCAGGACUAAUAAAAACUUAUAGAAGAAUUUUCUUUCCAGUUAUUUAAAAUCCCCUAUUUUAUUCAGUAAAAACAAACAGACAAAACAAAAAAAAAAGCAGUUAUGUUUUAGGUAAAUAACCCUGAAAUAAACUGGUGCUGCAGGUGUAAAAUAGAGCAUAUGUAAAUGUGAAGGUUUCCUUUUUAAGGACUUCAUGAAUUUGUGUGAUGAAAAUAUCUCAAAACAAGUCAAUAGAGAUAAUUACGAUUUAUUGAGAUUUGUUGCUUCUAUUUAUUUCAUUCUAUUUCUAUUUUUUAUACUACAUUUCUUAGGUUUCAAGCCAGCAGAACCAACAUGAUUGACUUUUAUGGUAUUUUAAAUGUUGAUCUUAAAAAAAAAAAACUUUUGUGAAUCAAAAUUUUGGAAAUUUUUCUUUUGCUUACUUAUCCAGAGAUUUUGGUAUAAGGAUGCCAUCUUUAUUUUUAAGAUUACUUAUUUUCUAAGUCUUUUCGAUGAUGCCUACAAAUUACAAAAAAUUUUAAUUUGUCAGGGAAGAAUUCCGUUUUACUUUGCUGCUUUUUAGAUGGAAGAACCAAACAAGCAGUAUUCAUCUUAUAGCACAAAUAGGAGACCCUUUGUUCACAGUAAACUGAAUAUCCUACCUAGACUAACAGAUGUUCAGAGCUGUGGAAUUCUUCCUUAUAUUACUUUUUCUAAAAAGUAAAAACCAAAAAUAAAAUUUUGAUGAAAAUCUGAGGAAUACUAGCAGCAGUCUAAAGGAAUGGAACGUGAGUUUAUCUAUUAAAGUAAGCAAAUAUAGUAGGACCAUUAGCUGAAUAAUAUAAACCUCUUUUAAACAGCAUUGCCCACUGAAUUAAAAUUGACUAGAUAAAAUCACUGGAAAGAUACAGGGGGAUUCUGGUGUAUUAGAUGUUAUCUGUUUAAGAUGUUUCUAUUAUAUGAUGGGAGAAAUGAACAACAGUAUGAUUAGAAUAGAAUAAUAGGUGAUUUCAGUUCAUGAACAGAAUAUCUCAACUUGGCUGCUAUGAAAUUUGUUGUCUAAAGAAAUUUUUAUCUACUUUUGUUUCUUAACAUUGGUAAUGAUGGAAAUAAAAAUCUCAGCAUCCUGGUGAUGGGGAGAGAUUUAUACUAGGAUAAUUUUGCUUUUAGAAAGUGAGGUCUCAAAUAUUAAAACAUAGAGUAGCUAUAUGUUCAUUUAGAGAAUAAAGAACCAAUCUUUCAACUCUUCAUUCAGUAUUCUGUCAUUAGAUAAAAUUGAAGGAGAGAAUUAAAAAUAGAUCAGGGCAUGGAAAUUAGAAAAGUACAUGAAAAUAUAAAGCCUAUCCAGUUGGCUUAAAAUCUUUUAAGCCUGUGAAGCUUGUGUUAGCUAUUAAUAAGUUUCUAUCUACUAAUUUCUGUUAGAUCACAGUGCUUUUUUUUAGGUCACAUCCUUUUAUAGGAGAGGAAAUGCCACAUAUUCAUGUCAUUAGCUAGGAACAUCAGUGAGACUUCCCUUUUUUCUCUGUGUAAGGUAUAUAACAAUUACCUUAAAGAACUGUUAUUGAAAAUCUAUUUUACGCAUCUGAAGGAGUAAGUGUACCCUCAUAAUUAAUUAGAAUUUAGAUUUGUUUUUUUUAAUAAAUUAAUUUUUAUUGGUGUUCAAUUUACCAACAUACAGAAUAACACCCAGUGCUCAUCCCGUCAAGUGUCCCCCUCAGUGCCCGUCACCCAUUCACCCCCACCCCCCGCCCUCCUCCCCCUCCACCACCCCUAGUUCAUUUCCCAGAGUUAGAAGUCUUUAUGUUCUGUCUCCCUUUCUGAUAUUUCCCACACAUUUCUUCUCCCUUCCCUUAUAUUCCCUUUCACUUUUAUAGAAUUUAGAUUUGAAAGUUGAGUCUUAACCUAAGAUUUUUUAUAUUUUACUUGAAUAAGAGUAGGCAGAGAAAUUUUAACUUGAAUACCAGAUUUUUAUUUAAUGAUAAUACAUAAAUGGCUUUGCCUUUAAAUAUAUUUUUAUUGUUGUUACUAAAGAAUUCACUUAUGGAAAUCUUUUAGUUAAGUUUAAAGAAGGUAGCUCCUUUUAUAUAUUUACAUUUACAAAAUGAGUAGCAUUUCUUUAUCACCUUUCCAAAGAAAAGAUACAAGUGCACGAACUAUAUUAAAUAUAAAUGUUAAAUAAUAUAUAACAUGUACUGUCAUAGGGUGUGUGAAUGAAGUUGUCUGUUUAAAUACGUCAAUACAAUUGUCUUACAUAACUCUCUGUAAGAUAUAAUUUUUGACUGAUUUAUAAAAAAUGAAAUAGUCUUUUUUCUUUUCAAAUCUAAUCUGUUGGUUUCCCCAUCAUCCAGACUUGUCCUAAUUACUGUCCUUUCAUCAGCUGACUCCGUUCUUUCCCAGUAUGUGGCCAGUCUUAAAUAUUUUUAUCACUCUCAGAAAUACCUGUUCUCAAUAUUCUUUUUGCCUGGCUCAUUUAUCAUAUAAAGCAUUGCAUAACAACAAGCAUAAAGCAUUGUUUGCUUUGCUUUAAAUUUGACCCCAUCUGGAAAAUUGUUCUGAAGAGCUUUCCUAUAUCAAAAUCCUGGUGCUUUUUCCAAUGCCAUUUAUUCCAACAACAAUAUAGUAUUAUCAGUUAAAAUGUUGUCCGUAGCUUAUUUAAUUUGAAUCUACCAUUUCCUAAGCCAGUGUUUCUUGAGAUUGCAGAUCAGACUUAUCCAUGAUAUUCUAUAAAUAUACAGAAGUCUAGGCACUACUCUGAAUCUCUUAACUUGGUAUAAAAAAUAUGUCUCAGGAUUCUUACAUUGUCUUAAAGUAUUUUCCACUAUAGAAAUAUCCAUUCAUUUUUAUAAAUCAGAUUGCUUAUUCACAGGCGUAUGUGAAAAUAGAUUUAAUAAUUAACCUUGGAGACAUUUUUCUAAAAUUUGCUUGGGAUGGCUUUCUUAUCUUUGUUUAGCUUGCCACUAAAAUAGCCAAAUUGCCUUUUCAGUUGCAUUAUUCUUAUAACUUUCUUCAGACCUUUCACAUUUGAAUAUUAUAACUAACAUUUGCUUCCCAAAAAAAGUAUCUGUUUCCUUUAAUAGUUCCUAGUGACUGUCAAUGAAUGUUUUGCAUAUUUGAAUUAGGUAACAUUUUAAAGUAUUAAUAAAAAGCAUGAGUUAUAAAAUGUUAGGUCUAAAAAUAGAAUUAGAUCUCCCCUAGCCUUGAAGGUAGUAAUCAAUAGAAUCUUUCUAAUAAAAAGCAUUGGAUAUAUCCCUAUCCGUACUUCUGAUGACUUCUCAGUAUGGAAAUGAUCUUUAAUUUUUUCAUAUAAAGUCUUAGUAUUACAGAAAACAAAGCAUUAACAUUUAAGAUAUUCAGGCCUAUGUUGGAAAUGAUUCGGUUUUCUAUAUUAAAAAUACAAAGCUAUCCUAGAUAUAGGAGUUAUGGAGUGAUUUUCUUUAGUAUAAGAAUCCUGUCUAAAACUGCUAUUUUAUCAUAUACUUUUUGGCUAGAUGGCAUCAGACAUAGCUUAGACAAUCUCACUAACAUUCAUCACAUGUGGGUGAUUUCUGAACACAUUACAGGAUUUGGACCUAUGAAGCUAAUGGCUAUAGUGAAAAAUAAAAGGACAGAUAACAACUUUUUACUUUUGUCUUAAUGCCUGUACUUAUAUGAACUGAAAAUUCAAGGGGAAAGAACAACUAGAAAGUCACUAACCUAAUAUUUGUUUUCUGUGGUAUAGUUUUAAUGUUUCCUUGGAAGCUUAUUUUGCAAAUAUUACCAUAAUAACAUUAACAACAGCACAGUUCUGUCAGUGAAAAAAUUAACCCACUCAUUUUUCAAUGUUGAAUGUCAGUGGAACUUUGGGUGUGUUUGUGUGUGUGUGUUUCCACUUAUAUGAUGCCUGUCUCAUUAUUUAAAAUUUAUAACUAUUUUUGAAUGCACAAAAUGAUCAGCUAUUUGUAAUAUUAUUAUAAUGUAGCAUUGUAAUUUAAAAAAUAAGUUAGGACUUAGGAUCAAAAAAUAAAAUGAAUAUUUUAUAGAUUAAAAUAGAAACUUUUUAAAAAGUCUUACUCCAAUUGGUCCUUAUAAAAUUUUAUUUUGGUAAUAAUAUAUUUCAACUUAAUACGUAUUAAAACCAGAGGUUCUCUGGUAGCCAGGGUACUAACUAGUUAAUGUUAAAAUGCUAUUUUUGAUGUUCCUUCCCUUGGAAACAUUUCCCACACUAUCCAAGCAAUGUGUUUUAAGAUUUAGUGGGCUCAACCUAUACAUUCAAAAAAUGCCUGUGUUGCAUUUUGAAGGAAAAAUCUUAUCUGUAAUUGGCAUAUUUUGCUCCUCAGAAUGUUAAAAUUAUAUUAAUCAAUAAACACUUUAGAACUGGUUCUGGUAAGGAGAUAUAAGUUAUCAGACCUAACUGAAAAAAUUCAACCUUUAAUUUCUUAUAUAGGAAUUAAAGAAAAUAACUUUAUUUUCCUUUGAGAUUUUGAUUACUUUUUAAAGUAUUUAUAAUAGCUUUUUUACCUUCAUCCAAAAUUAUGACUUAUUACAUAUUUGUGGAUACUGUUUAUUUUAUAAUUUGCUUUACAUAAGAAAAACUGUUAGAAAACUGUAUGACUGGUAUGUUCUCUUCAGAAACUCCUAAGGAGUAUGGCUUUUCUUCCCCCACUUGUUUGCUUUUAUAUACUUGGAGCAAAAAAUUUAGCAAAAAGUAAUCAGAGAUCUAGCUAGACAUUUUCUAUCAAAUGCAUUGCUGUAGAAGUGAAUCCAUUAAGACAGAAAAAUAUCAAACACAUAGGAGUUGUCUCAUGCCCAUUUUUCUGGGAUUCAGAUUAAAUAGGAACAUUUCAGUGUUACGGAGGUUGAUAAUGACUUGAAUGCAUGAAAAUGCACAAAGAGAAGGAUGGCUGAAAAUUUGGAAUUGUUUAAAAAAAUACUUGCAAAUUGUGCUGCUACUUAAAUAUUUAAGGAAUUCAAAAAGUUGUAUAGUUAUCAUAAAAUGUUCCUUCUCAUUUAUUCUACUGGAAUUGACCAUGAAAAAGAAUAUUAAGCCUUAUUUAUAUCUAAUUAUUGACUCUGCAGACUGUGACUCAAUGAAUAUUUGUAUGCCAAAAAAAUGGUCUUAAAGUUGAGAAAAUUUUAGAUUUAACAAAGAUGUGUAAAUAAUUUUGAUUAGUCUUCUCGUUAUGAUGAAGUUACUGUUAAUUUGGUGCAAUACACUCUUCAUCCUUUUAAGAUUAAAUGUGUAAGAUGUACGUUUUGUUACAUUGAGUGUUUUAAAAUUUUUCAGUGUGUGUAUAUGAGCAAAUAUUUGAUUUGUUUCUGUAUAGCAUGAUUGAAGAUAAUUGAGAAUUUUGCACUUUUUUUAGUCCUUUGGAAAUUUGUAUUCUAACAGUUUUUAAGAAUGUACAUUUAUUUUGUACAUAAUACAUUCAUUAGCUUUGUAUAUGAAAAUGGGUUUAAAUCAAAUAAAAAAAUGAUGUUACAUUCUUCAGUUGAUUUGUAAUUCUCACUUCACAGUCUGACUAAAACACAGCCUUGGCUAAGUUAUUGGAGUAAACAAGGGAUUAAAUACAAGUUUUGUUAAGCAGCAAACUGAUCACUGCUUUUGUAUGAGAAUUUCUUCUGCAGUCUUAAUGUGUACAAGAUAAAUGUCAUGUUAAUUAACCAGUUUUUGUCAUAUAUAACAACAGAUAUUAGGCCUUUGGUUUUAAAACUACCUCAGGACUAUGGUUACAUUCCCCUCUCAAGAAAAUGAUUAUAAACCAGAGAUAUCCGUAUGUAGUUCAUGAAAUAAUACAUUAAGCUGUUUUUUUUUUAACUUUUCUUUUGUUUCACAUAAUUAAAAGCUUUUAUUCAUCAA